AUGGAGAACCUCAACUCUUCCAACUCCUCUAGCUUGGACUCCACCUCCCCGGAUUCGGGCCGCCUGAUUUCGAGCAUCCUCCUAGGGCUGUGCUGUCUGCUGGGCCUCCCUGGUAACAUAGCUGUCCUGUUGGUCAUCAUGCGGCGCUCGCCCCAACGCUCCAACUUCACCCUGUAUCUCAUGCUGAACUUGGCGUCCUCCGACAUACUGUGCCUGGCCACGGUGCCCAUGUGGAUCUAUACUCUCCUGCACAGAUGGACUCUGGACCGUGCCGCCUGCAAGCUAGCCACCUUCCUGCUCUACCUCAGCCUGUAUGCUAACGUGCUAAUGGUCACUCUACUCGGGGUCCAGCGCUACCUCCAGGUGCUCUACCCGCAGAUGUGGAACAGGCUGCGGCGCAAGGGGGAGGCGGCGUUGCUCCUGGCCCUGUGGGGGCUCGCCUGUGCCCUGACUGCCCCCGCCGUUGCCACUCACGAUAUGGGCGAUGGCGAGCUCAAGUACCGGCGACACACAGGCUCCGAGGCUGAAAGAGUUGCUGUCCUCGUCUUGGAGACCCUUUUAGGGUUCGUUGUCCCGUUCUCUGUGCUGGUCACGUCCUACUGCUGCCUCCAACGGCGGGUGAACCAGAUGGUGUUGUUCAGCAGUGCCAAGUUGACGUGGCUGGUCACCAGUGUGGUGGUCGCCUUCUUCAUCCUCUGGGUCCCUGUGCACAUUGUCAACGUGGUGGACAUCGCCGGCAUGGUGCUGCGUGCUUCCCGGCCAGAGGCGUUGGCAGUGCUGCUGCGCCACAGAAGUGUGGCAGUGCGUGUCGUCCGGAGCUUCACGUUUGUGAACAGCUGCCUGGACCCCUUCCCCUUCCUGUGCUCAGAGUUGUGA